AUGAGGGUGUCGUUGUGGAGUCACGUGUCCCCGACGGGGCUAACGGGCCAACGGGUCCCAGUAGCCCCGCCGCCGCUCGCCGCCGCUAAGGACCAACCGCUCCACCGGCGGCCCCGUCAAAGUCCCGCGAACGGCCCUCCGCGCAUGCGCCCGCCCCGCCAAGCCCCGCCGCCGCCCCAUGGAAACCGAGCGCCGCGCCCCCCUCAGCCAAUCAGCGCCCGGAGGUCCCCGCCCGCCGCCAAUCGCGGCCACGCCCCGCCACGGAAAACGAGCUCCGCCCCUUCUCAGCCAAUCAGCGACCGGGAACGAGGUCGGCCCCGCCCGUCCCCUCCAGGCUCCGCCUCCGCCCCAUGGAAACCGAGCGCCGCGCCUCCUUCAGCCAAUCAGCGUCCGGAGGUCCACGCCCGCAGCCAAUCGAAGUCCCGCGCACGAGGCCGGCCCCGCCCACCCAUGGAAACCGAGCACCGCCCCUUCCUCAGCCAAUCAGCGUCCGGAGGUCCACACCCGCAGCCAAUCGCAGUCCCGAGCACAAGGCAGGCCCCGCCUCCCCAUGGAAACCGAGCUCUGUCCUUUCCUCAGCCAAUCAGCUUCCAGAGGUCCACGCCCGCAGCCAAUUGCAGUCCCGCGCACGCGGCCGGCCCCGCCCCCCAUGGAAACCGAGCACCGCCCCUUUUUCAGCCAAUCAGCGACCGGAGGUCCCCGCCCGCCGCCAAUCACAGCCCCGAACACGAGGCCGGCCCCGCCCCCCAUGGUAACCGAGCGCCGCGCCUUCUCAGCCAAUCAGCGACCGUAAGUCCCUUCCCACCGCCAAUCACAGCCCCGAGCACGAGGCCGGCCCCGCCCCCCAUGGAAACCGAGAGUCGCCCCUUCUCAGCCAAUCAGCGAUCGGAGGCCCCCGGACGCCGCCAAUCACAGCUCUGCGAACGCGGACGGCCCCGCCCCCGAGGAGUCGAGGCCCUAUGGGGCGCGCUCUAA